AUGGACCCUUCCACCUUUAUCGAUCCCUAUCUAACCCCGCCCGAUCGACUGGUCCUCGAUAACCUGCUGCUCGAUAGCCAAUCCACCCCGGAAAAGCCCAAAUCAUCCGGCGGGACCCCCGAUGUCCCUCUAGAUGCCGACGCGACCGUCAGCCAACUGGAGGCCUUUAAUGACCCCCGGCAUGCCGACUUCGUCCCGACCAUCUUCUUCACCUGGGAUUUGAAGGACAUCAAGCUGCCUCCGCUGCUAGAUGCAUGGCUGCUGCAACCGUAUAUCAAGGCCGCGCGGUCCAUCGUCCGGGUGGACACCGACGUGGUCAUGCUCACCCAUCUCUUGCUCUACUUCACCACCUCUGUGCCUAGUGCGAUCUAUCUCUUCCGUAACUUCCACUGGCUCCAUGGCGUGCUGCACUGGAUCAUGCAGUCCUACUACGUGGGCACCUAUACCCUGAUGAUGCACCAGCACAUCCACAUGGGUGGCAUCCUGAAAAAGCGCAAUUGGUGGCUCUUCGACACGAUCUUCCCCUACAUCACGGAUCCCUUGAUGGGCCACACCUGGAACUCCUACUUCUACCAUCACGUCAAGCAUCACCACGUCGAAGGCAACGGCCCGGAUGAUCUAUCUUCAACGAUCCGGUACCAGCGCGACAGUCUGGCCGAUUUCGCCUGCUACGUCGGCCGCUUCUACCUCUUCAUCUGGCUGGAGCUGCCCACCUACUUCCUGCGUAAAGGAAAGACCCUGUUGGGUUUGAAAGCAGCCUUUUGGGAACUCAGCAGCUACCUGAUGAUGUAUCUGCUCUGGAACUACGUCAGCUGGAGAGCGACACUGUUUGUCUUUGUUCUUCCGUUCCUGCAGCUGCGUGUAGGUCUCAUGGUGGGGAACUGGGGACAGCAUGCGUUUGUCGACGAGACGGAUCCCAACAGUGACUUUCGCUCCAGUAUCACCUUGAUUGAUGUAGCGAGCAACCGCUUCUGCUACAAUGAUGGCUACCACACCUCGCAUCACUUGAACCCGCGCCGCCACUGGCGCGACCAUCCCCUCGCCUUCUUGCGGCAAAAGGACCGGUAUGCAUCCGAGCAUGCCCUUGUGUUCCGCAACAUCGACUACAUUAUGAUCACGGUGCGACUGAUGCGCAAGGACUACGACCACCUGGCGCGGUGUCUAGUGCCGAUGGGUGACCAGAUCGGCAUGACGCAUGCAGAGCUUGCGGCGAUGCUGCGUCGCAAGACGCGUCGCUUCAGCGAGGAGGAAAUCAAGCGGAAGUUUGCCUGA